GCCGUGGAGCUGGAGCUGGAUACGGAGCCGGGGCCCGGGCGGGAGUCGGGGCCAGGGCCGGGCCGGAGCGGGCUCCAACGAUAUGGGGUCGGCCGACUCCAAGCUGAACUUCCGAAAGGCGGUGAUCCAGCUCACCACCAAGACUCAGCCCGUGGAAGCCACUGAUGAUGCCUUUUGGGACCAGUUCUGGGCGGACACGGCCACCUCGGUGCAGGAUGUCUUUGCGCUGGUGCCGGCAGCGGAGAUCCGGGCAGUGCGAGAGGAGUCACCCUCCAACCUGGCCACUCUGUGCUACAAGGCUGUGGAGAAGCUGGUGCAGGGAGCCGAGAGCGGCUGCCAUUCGGAGAAGGAGAAGCAGGUUGUCCUGAACUGCAGCCGGCUGCUCACGCGCGUGCUGCCCUACAUCUUUGAGGACCCUGACUGGAGGGGCUUCUUCUGGUCCACGGUGCCCGGGGCCGGCCGAGGAGAGGGAGAGGAUGGUGACGAGAACGCCCGGCCCCUGGCCGAGUCCCUGCUCCUGGCCGUCGCGGACUUGCUCUUCUGCCCGGAUUUCACCGUCCAGAGCCGCCGGAGGAGCACUGUGGACUCUGCAGAGGACAUCCACUCCCUGGACAGCUGUGAAUACAUCUGGGAGGCAGGUGUGGGCUUUGCUCACUCCCCCCAGCCCAACUACAUCCACGACAUGAACCGGAUGGAGCUGCUGAAACUGCUGCUGACGUGCUUCUCUGAGGCCAUGUACCUGCCCCCAGCUCCGGACAGCAGCAGCAUCAAUCCGUGGGUGCAGUUUUUUUGUUCCACAGAGAACAGACACGCCCUGCCCCUCUUCACCUCCCUCCUCAACACCGUGUGUGCCUAUGACCCUGUGGGCUACGGGAUCCCCUACAACCACCUGCUUUUCUCCGACUACCGGGAACCCCUGGUGGAGGAAGCUGCCCAGGUACUCAUUGUCACCUUGGACCACGACAGCGCCACCAGCGCCAGCCCCACCGUGGACGGCACCACCACAGGCACCGCCAUGGACGAUGCCGAGCCUCCAGGGCCUGAGAACCUGUUUGUGAACUACCUGUCCCGCAUCCAUCGCGAAGAGGACUUCCAGUUCAUCCUCAAGGGCAUAGCCCGACUGCUCUCCAACCCCCUGCUCCAGACCUACCUGCCCAACUCCACCAAGAAGAUCCAGUUCCACCAGGAACUGCUGGUCCUCUUCUGGAAGCUCUGCGACUUCAACAAGAAAUUCCUCUUCUUUGUGCUGAAGAGCAGUGAUGUGCUGGACAUCCUGGUGCCCAUCCUCUACUUCCUCAACGAUGCUCGAGCGGAUCAGUCUCGGGUGGGCCUGAUGCACAUCGGUGUCUUCAUCCUGCUGCUCCUGAGCGGGGAGCGGAACUUCGGGGUGCGGCUGAACAAGCCCUACUCGGUGCGUGUGCCCAUGGACAUCCCGGUCUUCACCGGCACCCACGCCGACCUGCUCAUUGUGGUUUUCCACAAGAUCAUCACCAGCGGGCACCAGCGGCUGCAGCCCCUCUUCGAUUGUCUGCUCACCAUCGUUGUCAACGUGUCCCCCUACCUCAAGAGCCUGUCCAUGGUGGCCGCCAACAAGCUGCUGCACCUGCUGGAGGCCUUCUCCACCACCUGGUUCCUCUUCUCUGCCGCCCAGAACCACCACCUGGUCUUCUUCCUCCUGGAGGUCUUCAACAACAUCAUCCAGUACCAGUUUGAUGGCAACUCCAACCUGGUCUACGCCAUCAUCCGGAAGCGCAGCGUCUUCCACCAGCUGGCCAACCUGCCCACUGACCUGCCUGCCAUCCACAAGGCGCUGCAGCGGCGCCGCCGGGCGCCUGAGCCCUUGUCCCGCACCGGCUCACAGGAGGGCGCCUCGAUGGAGGGCUCCCGCCCCGCCGCCCCCGCCGAGCCGGGCACCCUCAAGACCAGCCUGGUGGCCACCCCAGGCAUCGACAAGCUGACGGAGAAGUCCCAGGUGUCAGAGGAUGGCACCUUGAGGUCCCUGGAGCCUGUGCCCCAGCAGAGCUCGGCAGAGGGCAGCCCUGUCUCGGAGGAGCCCAGCCAGGCAUGGCGGGAGCAGCGGCGACCGUCCAGCGCAUCCUCCAGUGGGCAGUGGAGCCCGAAGUCGGAGUGGGUCCUCUCUUGGAAGUCAAAGUUGCCGCUGCAGACCAUCAUGAGGCUGCUGCAGGUGCUGGUUCCCCAGGUGGAGAAGAUCUGCAUUGACAAGGGCCUGACGGACGAGUCGGAGAUCCUGCGGUUCCUGCAGCAUGGCACCCUGGUGGGGCUGCUGCCCGUGCCCCACCCCAUCCUCAUCCGCAAGUACCAGGCCAACUCGGGCACGGCCAUGUGGUUCCGCACCUACAUGUGGGGCGUCAUCUAUCUGAGGAAUGUGGACCCACCUGUCUGGUACGACACGGACGUGAAGCUAUUUGAGAUCCAGCGGGUGUGAAGAUGGAAGCCGGCGAGGGGCAGGGACCAGGGGAGGGUGGGGACCCUGGUCCCCCGAUGCCCCCCCCACCACCAUUCUGAGCUUUAAAUUCCUACGAUCAGGGCUGGGGGCUUGAGUGGCUGAGUCCUGAGUGGCAGACCGCAGAGGCCCCUUGCGGCUGGGAUGGUGGGGACCGGCCCUGCCCCUGCCUCCAGGCUGGAGUGAGAGGAACCUCCUGCCUCCAGGGCUGCAGCUCCCCCACCAGGGCCCCCACCCCACUCUGGCUCCCCUUCAGGACCUGUUUCUGUGCUGACGAUCCGUCCCCGCCUGGCUCCCGAGCUGCCCAGCCCUGGAGGUCACCAGGUCACUGUGGGCUGCCCGAGAGGGAGUCUUGGGCGGUCCCUGGAGGCACCUGGGCAGGGCGAGGGGAGCCUUUCCAAGCCUCCUAACCUGAAACCACCUGGUCCAGGCCUGUCUCGCUGCCAGGACCGCUGUCAGGACCCCGGGAAGAAGGAGGGUGGCCAGGCUGCUCGUGGAGGAGGCUGGGGGCCAACAGACACCAAAAGCCAGGCUAGGGGUUUAGAGUGGGGUGUUGAAGGUCUCUUGCUGUAUUCUUCCGGGUCAAUGAACAUAGACGGGCUGGCUCUUAUAUAGUAAUGGGGGCGAGGGAGUGGGGGUAGGGGAGUAGUUGGUCCGUCCUCCUUGGCCCCGACCACUGCCUGGAUGACUUGGGGGAGGGGGACCAGGAGGCCACCCUCCAUCCUCCUGGUUCUGGCCUCUAGGUCUCCCUCACCCCACCUGUGUCAGUACAAUCUUUGCUCUGUACAAUCGGCCUCUUUACACAAUAAAAAACCCCUCUCCACACCCUGCGUCAUUGUGCUUGGAGGGGAG